AUGGCGGACCGAUCCCUCACCAAGAAAUGCGGUGUCCUCGGAUGCACAGGCUCGGUUGGCCAGCGAUUUAUCCUUCUCCUCGCCCAACACCCGACCCUCAAGCUCCACGCCAUCGGUGCCUCCUCCCGCUCAGCUGGCAAGAAGUAUAAGGAUGCCGUGCGGUGGAAGCAGGCCUCCCCCAUGGGAGAUAUUGGCGAGCUGGUCGUACGAGAGUGCAAAUCGUCCGAAUUCAGCGACUGCGACGUCGUCUUCAGCGGCCUGGACUCGGACGUCGCAGGCGAGAUUGAGAUGGAGUUCGUCAAGGCCAACAUCCCCAUCUUCUCCAACGCCAAGAACUACCGCCGCGAUCCCCUCGUUCCCCUCGUCGUCCCCACCGUGAACCUCCCCCAUCUCGACCUCAUCCCCCACCAGCGCUCCGUCUACGGUCUCGAGAAGGGCUUCCUGGUCUGCAACUCCAACUGCGCCGUCAUCGGCCUUGUCAUCCCCUUCGCCGCCCUCCAGGCCGCCUUUGGUCCCAUCUCCACCGUCAGCAUCGUCACCAUGCAAGCCGUCAGCGGCGCGGGCUACCCCGGAGUCAGCUCCAUGGACAUAAUCGACAACGUCGUGCCCUUCAUCUCAGGCGAGGAGGACAAACUCGAGACCGAGGCCCGCAAGAUCCUCGGCCGUGUCGACGACUCCAAGACCGCCUUUGUGGAGCAGAAGGGCCUCCGCGUGUCUGCUGCAUGCAACCGCGUUCCGGUCAUGGAUGGUCACACGGCAUGUGUGUCGCUCAAGUUCGAGCGCCAGCCCGCCCCCUCAGCUGAGCAGGUCAAGGAGGCCCUUCGUAGCUACACAACCGAGGCCCAGAAGCUCGGUUGCCCCUCAGCCCCAGAGCCCGCCAUCAAGGUAUUUGACGAGGCCGACCGGCCCCAGCCCCGUCUAGAUCGUGACCUAGGCAAGGGAUACACCGUAAGCGUGGGCCGCGUACGUGAGGAUGAGGCAGGCAUCUUCGACAUCAAGUUUGUAGCUCUGAGCCACAACACCGUCAUUGGUGCCGCAGGUUCUUCCAUCCUGAAUGCCGAGGCCGCUAUCCUCAAGGGGUAUAUAUAA